AUGACCUCCAUCUUUCACGGCUCCUCGCCCUCUCCAAGUUCACUCCCCAACGAGAAGAGGUCCUUCCCCGGCUUCUUGAUGACGAAUAAACAUGGCAACGGCCAUAGCCAUAGCCACAACCCGUUCCCCCAGAAACUUAAGAACUUCUUCCGCAUCAACAGCUUAGCAAGCAAUGGUGAGAAGAGUGAGGGCUCCAUAAAGCCGGAGAGCAAGGGCUCCUCCUUUCGACAAUCCAAAUUCUUCCCAAGCGUCGGCCGAAAUCGAUCCGCCACGGUAGCCAGCGAAGGCAAUGCAUUAGAUGACGGUGUCAGUCCCACGGCCCACGCCAACCCCUACUUUGCACAUCAAGGUCCUCCUGCGCUCCGGCAUCACAAUGAAGGCUCCGUUCCUCCCAGCCCACCCGAUACCCCCGUGCUGAAGAUUGACGGUGCCUCCGGCGCAAACGACCAGGCUACAAUUGCUGGGAAGGAGGAAUUGGCAAGGAAGUUGAGGAGAGUCGCAAGUGCUCCAAAUGCACAGGGUCUUUUCUCGUCUGGCAAGGGAAGUGCGGAUAGGCCUGCUACGGCUGAAUUGGGCAAGGAGCCUUUGGCACAUAAUGCUAGCACAAGCAUGCUGGCUUUGAUUGACUCGAAAUCUGGCGAUGCCGGUGGCGCCUCCCUCACCAUACCAACACAAGAUGGACUUGCAGCUCUACAGCCUCCGAAUCUGCGGAAUGCGAUGGCAUUCAGGAGGACGUAUAGUUCCAAUUCGAUUAAAGUGCGGAACGUCGAGGUUAGCCCAGCAAGCUUUGAUAAGAUCAAGUUGAUUGGCAAAGGCGACGUCGGGAAGGUAUACCUUGUGCGGGAGAAGAAGAGCAGCAGGCUAUAUGCCAUGAAGAUUCUGAGCAAGAAGGAGAUGAUAAAACGCAACAAGAUCAAGAGGGCUUUAGCCGAACAAGAGAUCCUCGCGACCAGCAACCACCCCUUCAUUGUUACCCUAUAUCACUCGUUCCAGUCCGAGGACCACCUGUACCUGUGCAUGGAAUAUUGCAGUGGUGGAGAAUUCUUCAGGGCCCUACAAACUCGACCUGGCAGGUGUAUACCAGAGGAUGAUGCAAGGUUCUAUGCUGCGGAGGUUACAGCUGCAUUGGAGUAUCUUCAUCUGAUGGGGUUCAUCUAUAGGGAUCUUAAGCCAGAAAACAUUCUCCUACACCAGUCGGGACAUAUUAUGUUAUCAGACUUUGAUCUCUCCAAGCAGUCGGAUCCUGGUGGAAAGCCUACCAUGAUUCUUGGUCGAAAUGGCGCAAACACGAACUCGUUACCUACGAUCGAUACCAAGUCCUGCAUAGCUAAUUUCCGAACGAAUUCAUUCGUUGGAACGGAAGAAUACAUCGCCCCGGAAGUUAUCAAAGGCUGCGGACAUACAAGCGCUGUGGACUGGUGGACCCUUGGCAUUUUGAUUUACGAGAUGUUGUUCGGUACUACCCCGUUCAAGGGCAAGAAUCGGAAUGCUACCUUUGCGAAUAUCUUGCGAGAUGAUGUCCCGUUCCCAGAACACUCUGGAUCUCCCCAGGUUUCAAAUCUCUGCAAGUCUUUAAUCCGCAAGCUACUGAUCAAAGAUGAAAACCGUCGAUUAGGGGCUCGUGCUGGAGCAUCGGAUGUCAAAGGCCAUCCCUUCUUCCGAACCACACAGUGGGCUCUUAUUCGACAUAUGAAGCCACCAAUGAUACCACAUCAAGGCAGAGGUAUCGAUACGGUCAAUUUCAGAAAUGUCAAGGAGAGUGAGAGUGUUGAUAUCAGUGGGAGCAAAGGAAGCCCACUGCCAAAGGGUGUCCCUCUUGACUCUGGAUUGGCGACUCCCGGCGCGGAAGUCGUCGAUCCAUUUGAGGAGUUUAACUCGGUGACGCUCCACCAUGACGGAGACGAACACCAUCACGAGGACCAGAACAAUGGACGGUAUGAUGGAAGGGGUUGA